AUGUCUCCUUUACUUGAGAGCCAAUACCUGUUACUCUACUUCUUCAUCCCUCUCCUUCCCAUCUCAUACGUACUUCGCAGUAUAUGCUCUCAAGUCCAUCAGUAUCGCGUUUCACGCACCAAGGGGUGCAGAGAUGCCCAAUCCAAGGCCCCAGUCAAAGACCCCUUUAUCGGACUCGACUUCAUCUGGGACUGCCUCUUCGCCAAGCCCGUCGAAAAGUAUCUCGAUUCAACAUACAGAACCUUUCAGCAGCUGGGAAACACAUAUGUCUGCAGACGAUGGACGUGGGAGGCCGUCUACACCUGCGACAGCCGCAACAUCAAGCACGUCCUCGCCUCGGGCUUCGACGACUUCAAGCUCCCUGGGCUACGGGUCAACGCCAUGACGGGCAUGCUCGGAAGCGGCAUCUUUACGCUCAACGGACACUCGUGGUCGCACGCCCGCGGCGUCUUGCGGCCGUGCUUUGCGAAGCAGAACAAGGAGAGCAUCGUCAACAUGCUCGAGACGCACUUCCAGGCCUUGCUCAGGAGAAUCCCUUCGGAUGGAACGGCCGUCAUCGACUUACAGCCGCUCUUCUUCUGGCUCACAAUGGACUUUGCGACAGACUUUCUCAUGGGCCACUCAACGCACGUUCUGAACCGAGCUUCGAGCCACGCCAAAGAGAAGCAGUUUGUCGACGACUACUUGACGUGCUCGACGGAGAUUGUGCGCAAGAUGCAGCUCGGUCCGCUCCAGAUGUUUUCCGUCAACUUUGCCGCCAUGAGAGCACGCAGUCGUGUCUUUCAGUACAUUGACGACUUCAUCAGCGCCUCUUUGGACACAGUGAGGGAAGACGACGAGUCUUUGAACGCGGGCUGCAAUGUGCUUCAGGGGCUUGCCGCCGUGACGACAGACCGGAAGCAGCUCCGGGACCAGAUCCUCCACAUCCUCGUGGCGAGCCGCGAUACGACGGCUUGUUUACUGAGUAACUUGUUCUUCGUGCUGGCGAGGAAGCCGCACAUUUACGAAAAGUUGAGGCGAGAGGUGGUUUCCAUUGCGGGUGUUGAGCCCGCGACAAGCACGCAGCUGAACAAUAUGGAGUAUCUCAAGUGGUGCGUUCAAGAGUCGCUACGGCUCCAUCCCGUCAUCCCGACAAAUGCUCGCGAGGCCUCCAGAGACACGGCGCUCCCUUACGGCGGCGGUGAAGACGGCAACUCGCCUCUCUUCGUCAAGAAGGGCAACCUCGUCAUGUACAACAUCUACGCCAUGCAUCGCGACGCACACGUCUUUGGGCCCGAUCCCGAAGAGUUUGUGCCUGAGAGGUGGAAUGGCCUGAGGCCGGGUUGGGGAUAUUUGCCCUUUAACGGCGGACCGAGAAUCUGCAUUGGUCAAAAGUUUGCUCUUCUGGAGACGCAUUAUCUGGUGUCGAGGAUGGUGCAGACGUUUGAGACGAUGAGUGCGAGUGGCGAUGCUGAGUGGGUUGAGCUUUAUGCUCUGGCGACAACGUGCAAAGAUGGAGUGAAUGUCAGUCUUAAAAGGUCUUGA